GAGGCUGCAGCUCCUCUCUGAAUGAGCGGACCUCUUCUCUUCUAUUAUAACAGAGAGGGAAUGGGACAGGCAGAGAUAGAGGUGGGCAGAGGUGUGACUGGGUGGACUCGCAGAGGCAGAGGGGACACUCAGAGCCAGCUGGGCUUUUUGCCAUAUCUUAUUUUUAUUUAGAGAUUUUAUUUUUUUUGGAUCUGUUGGUGCGUAAACGGGGAGGACAGACUGCUCUCCAAAUCCUCUGGAGUUGUGCUACACUUUCAGACUGAGCGGUUUAUUUGGAGCGCAGCGGUGCACGGAUUACAAUGCAAAGGAUCCUGGAGGUUUGGGUCACCCUGGUGACACUUUGUGCGCUCACCGAGGGAGUCUUUGGUGGAUACGGGCUGAGCAUGUUCGCCGCGCAGUCUUCCCCUCCGGAUCCGUGCUAUGACGAGAACGGGAACCCGCGGAGAUGCAUCCCCGACUUCGUCAACUCCGCGUUUGGGAAGGACGUGCGCGUGUCGAGCACCUGCGGCAACCCCGCCGCCAGGUACUGCGUGGUGACCAAGAAAGGAGAGGAGAGGACGCGGGACUGUCACACGUGCGACGCCGGGGACCCCAAGAAGUCUCAUCCACCUGCGUAUUUAACGGACCUCAACAACCCGCACAACCUCACCUGCUGGCAGUCUGAAAACUACGUGCAGUACCCGCAGAACGUCACGCUCACCUUGUCGCUCGGGAAAAAGUUUGAGGUCACCUACGUGAGCCUGCAGUUUUGCUCACCUAGACCUGAAUCCAUGGCGAUCUACAAGUCCAUGGACUACGGCAAGUCUUGGGUGCCGUUCCAGUAUUACUCCACUCAGUGUAAGAAGAUGUACAACCGGCAGAACAAAGCUGCGAUCACCAAACAGAACGAGCAGGAGGCGAUCUGCACGGACUCCCACACGGACAUGCACCCUCUGACAGGUGGACUCAUCGCCUUCAGCACCCUGGACGGCAGACCGUCCGCGCACGACUUCGACAACUCCCCGGUGUUGCAGGAUUGGGUGACGGCGACCGACAUCAAGGUGAUCUUCAGCCGGCUUCACACUUUCGGAGACGAGAACGAGGACGACUCGGAGCUGGCCCGAGACUCUUACUUUUACGCCGUGUCGGACCUGCAGGUCGGCGGACGGUGCAAGUGUAACGGGCACGCGUCGAAGUGCGUGAAGGACCGAGAAGGGAAUCUGGUUUGUGAGUGCAAACACAACACGGCGGGACCGGAGUGCGACAGGUGCAAACCUUUCCACUAUGACCGACCCUGGCAGCGCGCCACGGCCAGAGAAGCCAACGAGUGUGUCGCCUGCCACUGUAACCUUCAUGCCCGCCGCUGUCGUUUCAACAUGGAGCUGUACAAGCUGUCCGGACGGAGGAGCGGCGGCGUCUGUCUCAACUGUCGCCACAACACGGCCGGGCGCCAUUGUCACUACUGCAAGGAGGGCUACUACAGAGACAUGACCAAGUCCAUCUCUCACCGGAGAGCUUGUAAAGCAUGCGAUUGUCAUCCGGUUGGAGCGGCAGGGAAGACGUGUAACCAGACAACGGGCCAAUGUCCCUGCAAGGACGGAGUGACGGGAAUCACCUGUAACCGCUGCGCUAAAGGCUACCAGCAGAGCCGCUCGCCCAUCGCCCCGUGCAUCAAGAUCCCAGUUGCAUCUCCGACAGCAACUUACAGCAGCAGCUACGAGGAGCCUUCAGAUUGUGAAUCUCACUGUAAAGCGUCCAAGGGAAAGAUGAAGAUCACCAUGAAGAAGUACUGUAAAAAAGACUACGCUGUCCAAGUGCACGUUCUAAAAGGAGACAAAGCAGGCGAGUGGUGGAAGUUCACCGUCAACAUCAUUUCCGUCUACAAACAAGGUGAGCAUCGCAUCCGUCGCGGGGACCAGCUGCUGUGGGUGCGCGCCAAGGACGUGGCCUGCAAAUGCCCAAAAAUAAAGCCCGGGAGGAAGUACCUGCUCUUGGGUACAGACGACGAUUCCCCCGGGCAGAGCGGCGUGGUGGCGGACAAGGGAAGCCUGCUCAUCCCUUGGAAGGACCUGUGGGGCCGCCGGCUGAGGAAGUUCCAACAGCGCGACAAGAGGGGAAAGUGCUAAAAGUUUGGAGUUGGAGAGAGAGAAGGGAGAGAGAUUGAGGGAGAGGUGGAGGGAAAAAUAACGUCUCCACUCGGAUGGAUGAAAAUAAAUAAAUAAAUAAAUAAACUGGAAGAGUUUAAGAUAGAACGACGCAGGUGAAAAGUAGGCGAGAUGGGGAAUGACUGAGUGCUGCUGCUCUGAGUUGGAGCGAAGAGUUUAGUGUUUUCUGUUUUUGUUUUUUUAGGAACUUUUGUGAAGGAGCUCAUUUUACAGUUCUGUCUCUGUUUGUCUUUCAAGGUUUGUUUUGUUGUGUAAUUGCAGAGUUUGCACCUAAUGUUACAGAUAUGUCACAUCCCGACUAUUGUUUUUUUUGUUUUACAACUUUUACAGUCCCAUGUUCAGUUGUUUUUUUUUUAAAAAAGAGCAAUGCAUCUACUGUAUCACACUUUUUUUUUUGUAUUUUUAAGAGGAUCUAUUCCACUUGUGUUAAAUGAAGAGACGCUGCAAGACAUUGAGGGACUCCACUCAUGUAUGAUACGUUGCUCAUGUAACCUGCCAAACUUUUUGGAUAAAACUUUUUACAACAGCCGAAAGUGAAAAAUUGUGAAAUUAUUCAUAAAGGUGCCAUUUGAGAGAGCUCCCCGCUCGUAUGUGAGUGUUACCUCAACGAAACGACUCGUGUCUUGGGAACAUAAAUGCCAUAAACCUCUGCUUCAUUCUGUAUAACGAUCAUUAUUUCACAUUACAAGCUCUUCUUGAUAUAUCAUCAGUAUGUUGUGGUUGUGACCUCUGCAAUGUAAAGUAACCAUACGUGCAUACAUAGACGUUAUUUUUCAGUAGAUGACGCCGCGGUGGCGUCAGCUAGACGUAGAGUAGACGUGUCAACCAUGCACUUAUUUUUACUAGUCAAACAUUCGUAGAACAUAUGAGAUAUGUUCACUUUUUUUUGGCGUCCAAAAAAACAUGCAAACCCUGCUCACUGCUGGACUGGACUUUGACGUUGACGACGACAGAUAACUUCUACUAAAAGUUGGAUGUCCCCCAAAAACAUUUACAAGUGAGAGAGCUGAUGAAGUGAAGCCGCUCACGUCGUUACAAAAGAAUAUAUAUAUGUUAAAAAAAAAGGGAGAAUAUCGACCUAUCAAGCAAUCCUCAUACCACUGACUUAAUGCAUGCUCACUAUUUACUGUAGCUGUUUGAUAGCUAACAAUGAUUGUGAAUUAUGUACACAUUUAAUUUGUAUACAGUAUUCAGUGUUGUGGGAAAAAAAACAAAAAAAACCUGUGGAGUGAUAAAAAAAUAUCACAGAUGUUUUAUUGUAUUCAGCACGUUGUGUCAAACGUUCGUCACCUCAAAGCUCAAACUUUUUGAGGACUGGAUUUCAUAUCAAGACUUGGUACUCGACAAAAAGGCAUGACCGAUUGUCUACAUGUUAUAUAGCUGUAUAGUAUUACCUUCUCUUUUUUUUAUUUUUGUUUUUUAUUUUUUUGUUAAACAUUAACUAGAUUUAUCUCCAUGUGAACUUAACCAGAGUUUUAAAUACUUAGAGGCUUAAUAAAUGGAAAGAUAAAUAAAUAAAUGAAUGUCAGAGAAAUGUCUCAUGUUUACGUGAGCGAACACUCUCUCUCGGACACUGAGAGCUUACACACACACACACACACACACACACACACACACACAGGACCAUACAUGUGCACACACCUACACAUAAAUACAAGGGUACACCUCAGUACUCUGUGCAUCAUACUGUAUGUCUAACAACGCACUUAUAAAGUCUCUGCCAACACAUCCGUACCGACACACACCUUUGCAGAAAGGUACUUCCCCACCAGACUUCUGCUUCUCCAUCAAAUAUUAUAUCUGGAUAAUUAUCUCAGCUCAUGUUUAUACAUCGGCUUGUAAAUGUUGUUUAGCAGUGUCCAUUGCAAAUGGUUGUGUAAUGUCUUGUAAUACUAAUAUAUUAUGUUUAUCACAAAUGAAUAUAUUUAAUGACACAUGAAAA